UAAGUAUAUUUCUUUGUGUCUUUCCUCUUGCGUUAAAUCGGGGAAAAAUCUAGUUAGGUACCUAUGUCGUAUGGAAAAUUAAGUAGUUACCUACUUUUUAAUAUUAAUAUGAGUAAUUUAAAGAGUAGGCACGAGUAAGUAUCAGGUGCUUUUCCUUCGGAAUCCUAGCCAAUUCCUUAGCUAUAUCUGCCUUUCAUUCUUUGUUUUCGAAUAAUGAAAGUGUUACGAGACCUUUAUGGGCGAUUGUUUUGUCGUAACAAUAGAUGUAACUAUCUACAGCGGGACACUAUUGUAAACAAAACAAACAGUAUAGCCUUAGCUCUCUUCCCACGAACACUUCGUAGUUUCCAAUGUUCAAGUACAAACGGUAUCUUUCGCGUAAAUUAACGACGCCCCUAAGUUUUAAUAAUAAACAAAUACACCGUUGCGACCUCUUAAUGAGCGGGUAAAAAUUGUGUGUCCAUUACUGCGUCCACAGCGCCAGGGACCGAGAUCGUGUUGUGUUAACCGUUACCGUGUGCUCGUUUCAUCCGGCGACUGGUUCGCGGGAGCCCAGUAAAAGCGGCGCGGACGCCGGCCGCGCGCAGUCACCGCCGGGACACCGCACCACACGCGCGAUGCUGCACACACUGACCUUCGCGACCCUGUUGGCGGCCGCCGCCGCCGCGCCUGCCACCUAUGACCAGCGGCAGGAUGGCGACUUCAACGUUCGCGCCGACGUCCAGAACGUCGUCCUCGUCAUCGCCUACCCGGAUAAGAUGAAGCUGCCCAUCACCGACAUAUUCGGCGGCGGCCUGAAAACCAAUAAGCAGGAUGAGUUCCAGGAGCGCGCAGACGUUAGGGUGAUGGAGGCGUUUGUGGAGCCUAGCACACCGUACAGGGUGGAUAUCGGGUCGGACAGCGAGCGAUACGCGGACACCGACGGUCGGAACGUCGUCGUCGAGAUCGCUGGCCGAAGAAGGUUUGAAGCCGAGUCGCAGGAGGCCGAGAGCGACAAAGAGGAGUACAAACUUCUGGGAGCUCAGGAGCAGUGCGGACCAGACCGAGAGCGUGACCCCGUGACGCUGGUGUGCCGAGCGAUAGCACCCCCGGCUCCGGAACCCGAGGUGUCGCAGCCUGAGCCGGCCGGGCAGCCCGAAGAACCGGCCGUUCCGACAGAGCCCUCAGUCGUGCUCAUCUCCUCAUAAACCGAUCUCCGCCAUAAACCCGUUUUCUUAAGUUAUUUAUUGCCUAUUUUAAGCUAAGUUUGUGACUAUUGAAGUAAAAUAUUUUUACUGAA